AUGACAGCACAGGUGUGCCAUCCGAGUCAAGCGGCUGUGAGCAGCGAGGAUCGACUACAACAGACAGGGACGUUUACGCCGCACACGAGUGGGCAGAGACAGGAAAAGCGCGCCCUAGGAUGGGAGGGAGGUGCCGGAAAAGCCAAAAUGAACCAAAGAGUCAGAAAAGGGGGGGAUGGGGGGAGGAGACGCCAGCGUCAACACGAGGUCUUGGCACGCGACCACGAUUGUCCAGUGCAGGUUGGAGGGUGGCAGCGAGACGCAGAGUGGGAAUGGAACGCAGUCACGGGAAGCAUUACACAGGGUUCAUUUGGAGGCGAGUUGUCGACACACGUCGACAGCGACCAUGCAGACAUGGCACGAGUCGUUCGCUGCCGUUUUCUGUGUAAACAGUUCCGAAGUACAAGGCAACAUACUCCGUACACCAAAAAAACAGAAACACGCCAUGACACUACUGCAAGCUUGAUGCGGGACGACAAUGCCAACCCAGGACAAGCACUUGUCCAAGAACGCCAUGCCAGAGAAGCAUUUGAAAGUAUGUUGUUCUCCGGCCUCGUACAGACGACCAUGAGACUUGAGAAACAAAGGGAGAACGAGUCGUGUCGACAAACCCAAAAUGUGCAAGUACAGAAUAAGCUUGCCCGACUUUGA